AUGUCUACCAAGGUUCUUAAAGAUAAACAUCUUUUGGUUCCUUCAUUUUUAUCCGUUAAAGGUCUCGUUAAGCUUCAUAUAGACGCAUACAAUCAUUUUAUCGAAACAGAAAUUAAAAACAUUGUACAGGCUAAUAAAAGGAUAAGUGUCCCCGAGGCGAAUUGGUGGCUGGAAUAUAAUGAUAUAUAUGUUUUGCCGCCUUCGGUAAACGAAGGGAGCGUUGUUUCUAGUUCUGUCACUCCUCAUGAUUGCCGGUUGCGCGACUUGACGUAUGCAGGCGAGAUACGAGUUGAUCUUACAUUCAUGCGAGAAAAUGAGCUCGUCACAAAAAAAAGUGUAUUCAUCGGCAAAAUGCCUAUUAUGCUCAAAAGCUCAUCCUGUGUUUUAAGUGGAAAAAGUCCUUCGGAAUUGAUGCGUCUGAAGGAAUGCCCUUUGGAUCCGGGUGGAUAUUUUAUUAUUGGUGGCUCGGAAAAGGUGAUUCUUUUGCAAGAACAGCUGUCUAAAAAUCGCAUAAUUGUUGAAGAAGAUGGUCGCCGCGGUCUUAUGUGUUCUGUCACUUCUUCCUCAGCUCAGACGAAAUCAAAAACGAACAUAAUUGUGAAGGAAGACAGAUUUUAUCUUGCGCACAAUUCUUUUGUCGUUGAUGUUCCAAUAGGCGUCCUGUUUAAGGCGAUGGGAGUCACAUCCGACCAAGAAAUCUUGCAACUAGUUGGAACAGAGGAAUCUAUUUGGGCAAAUGUUGUUCCUAGUGUUAAACAAUGUAUCGAGUCUAAGGUAAACUACCAUAAUUCUGUGUCACUAUGGUACUCCUGA